AUGAAGGCAAAACCUGUGUUUGGUUUCCUUUUAGGUGUUGACAGCUCUUCUACCACCAGUAGCGCCUCACCCUUGCCCAACAGUUACGAUGCCCUGGAAGGAGGCAGCUACCCGGAUAUGCAUUCUUCUUCAGCAAGCAGCCCUGUUCCAGAUCGUGCCGCGGAACCUAACUCCUCCCUCGCCCAGGCUCUGUCUACAGCCCCCACUCCCGCUGCUGCUCAGCCGCCAAAGGUAGCAAAGCCCUUUGGCUAUGGCUACCCAACUCUGCAGCCUGCCUAUCAGAAUGCAGCACCACCGCCCACCCCUGCAGCACAUCCCAGCGGCCCAGCGUAUUCUGGAUAUUCCCAGCAUUACCCAGGGGUGAACCAGCUGUCCUCAGGUCUAGGAGGACUAAGCCUGCAGAGUUCUCCACAGCCAGAAAGCCUAAGACCUGUAAACCUCACCCAGGAGAAGAAUAUCUUACCUGCAACACCUAUUUGGGCUCCUGUACCCAACUUGAGUGCAGAACUCAACAAGUUAAACUGUAGCCCAGAUUCCUUUCGAUGUACCUUGACCAGUAUCCCACAGACACAGGCUUUACUGAAUAAAGCUAAGCUUCCUUUAGGAUUGUUGUUGCAUCCCUUCAGAGACCUGACGCAAUUGCCAGUGAUAACCUCAAACACCAUUGUGAGGUGCCGGUCCUGUCGGACGUACAUCAACCCAUUCGUGUCCUUCAUCGAUCAGCGGAGAUGGAAGUGCAACCUGUGCUAUAGAGUGAAUGACGUGCCAGAAGAGUUUUUGUACAACCCCCUGACACGGUCUUACGGAGAGCCUCAUAAACGGCCAGAAGUUCAGAAUUCCACUGUGGAGUUCAUCGCUUCCUCAGACUACAUGCUCCGGCCUCCUCAGCCUGCCGUCUACUUGUUUGUUUUAGAUGUGUCUCAUAACGCAGUGGAAGCUGGGUAUUUGGCAGUUUUAUGCCAGUCCUUAUUAGAAAACUUAGACAAGCUUCCUGGAGAUUCACGAACAAGAAUAGGAUUCAUGACUUUUGACAGCACCAUUCAUUUCUACAAUCUACAAGAAGGGUUAUCCCAGCCUCAGAUGUUGAUUGUAUCUGAUAUAGAUGAUGUUUUUCUGCCCACACCGGAUAGUCUGCUUGUGAAUCUGUAUGAAAGUAAAGAGCUUAUAAAAGACUUAUUGAACGCAUUACCAAAUAUGUUCAUCAAUACCAGAGAAACGCACAGUGCCCUUGGACCUGCACUUCAGGCUGCCUUCAAACUAAUGUCUCCCACGGGUGGCCGAGUGUCUGUGUUUCAGACACAGUUACCUUCCUUGGGGGCAGGACUUCUGCAGUCCAGAGAAGAUCCGAAUCAGAGGUCGAGUACCAAGGUGGUGCACCAUCUUGGCCCUGCAACUGAUUUUUAUAAGAAGCUUGCUUUAGACUGCUCAGGACAGCAAACUGCAGUGGAUUUGUUCCUUCUGAGUUCACAGUAUUCCGACCUUGCUUCUCUGGCUUGCAUGUCCAAGUACUCUGCAGGGUGCAUAUUCUACUAUCCAUCUUUCCACUCUACCCACAAUCCUUCGCAAGCAGAAAAGUUACAAAAAGACCUGAAACGGUACCUCACUAGGAAGAUUGGAUUUGAAGCUGUCAUGAGAAUAAGAUGCACUAAAGGACUUUCAAUGCACACUUUCCACGGGAACUUCUUUGUCCGCUCCACUGACUUACUGUCUCUUGCCAACAUCAACCCUGAUGCUGGAUUUGCAGUACAGUUGUCAAUUGAAGAAAGUCUGACAGAUACUUCCUUAGUGUGCUUUCAAACAGCCCUGUUAUACACAUCAAGCAAAGGCGAACGGAGAAUUCGGGUGCAUACACUGUGCUUACCAGUCGUAAGUUCACUCGCUGAAGUUUAUGCAGGAGUAGAUGUACAAGCUGCCAUCUGCCUUCUGGCCAACAUGGCUGUGGAUCGCUCAGUGUCAUCGAGCCUGUCAGAUGCCAGGGAUGCCCUGGUGAAUGCUGUAGUGGACCCCC